AUGGAUCCACCGAUCAGGGCCAGCAUCUUCGUUGCCGCCGUCACCGUCCACGCCCUGCUCCUGAUGUGGCUCGGCACGCGCCGGCGCUGCAGCCGCCAUCCCGUCCUCCGCUUCAUCCUCUGGAGCCUGUCCGCAGCCUACUUGCCACUAAUGUCCUACGUCCUGUCCUACAUGACCACCAAUCUCUGGCCCUUGGAUCAGGAAGAUCAGCUGUGGCUGCUUGUCUCUCUCGUUCUCGUCCAGUUUCUCAAAGCCAAGGCCGACAUGAAAGCUCUGGCUGUGGCUGCCGUCGCCUCGCCUGUGGCCGCCGACGACGACAUCAACAGCCUCAAGGUCCGGCCGACCAUGGAGAGCCUCAUCUACUCCUUCUGGGUGGCGGGGCUCGUCAUCUACCACAUCUUCUUCGACAAUGCCGGGAAGCUGGAGGUCGUAAUUCUCCUCAUCUCACCGCUUUGGGCACUUGGAGCGUGCAGGAUGGUGCUCAAGUUCGUCGCCUUCCAUAGGGCGACCAGCUCCUUUGCGCUAGGCCGCAAUGUGCAGCUCAUGGACGGCUACAUGGUGCAGCUCCAAGAAGCUGUCCCGGCGGCCGCAGCAGCAGUACCCCGUCUCAUAGUGACGGGAGAGAGGAAGCAGGACAUCGAAGAGAGCCCUCAAGGGUACCGCAUCAAGCGGGCGGCUCUGGAACUGGUAGAUGAGCCAGCAAGCAGCCUGGUCACACUAGACAGAGUCUGGUUGGAAAGUGGAACCCUCCUAGUCCCACAGCUCAAGGAUCUGUGCCUCUCCUUCGCUCUGUUCAAGUGCCUGCGCAGACGGUUCGCCGGGUACCAGCUCGCGGAGGCCGGCUCGAGCUGGGCAUUCCGCUUCGUCCGGGAUGGGCUGCUCGGGCGAGAGGGCGACCACGAGAGAAUCUUCCGGGUGAUAGCCGGUGAGCUCACGUUCGCGAGUGACUUCUACUACUCCCCCCUCCCCGUCGCCUCAUUGGGCGCCCUGUAUGCCGGUCUCCACUUCGUCCUGUCCAUGCUGAUUUUCUCUUCGCUCUGCUUACUCGUCCUAUUGCUCAUCUUCGUGAUCCUGCUUGCCGGUGCCCUGGAUCUAAUGGGUGGUCAUUCGGAUGAAAGACCAGCCCACUAUAUCCUGCCCAAGCUCCCCGUCCUUCUGGCCCUGGUCAUAGCGUGGACCGAGAUGUCGGAGAUGGUUGCCAGCGUGCGCUCAAACUGGACAAAGAUAAGCAUCGUAGGCCACUACAUCAGGUGCCGCAGCCAUUGGGCUCGGAGGAUCUUGUCAUGCUUGCUAGGACGCUGCAAAGCUCCCAAACAGUGGAAGGAUGAGAUGGGUCAGACCGACCUACUGCUACUCACCAAGCCAGCAACAAGCCUUGUGGGCAAGCAGUCCAUGGCUCGUCGCUUGUUCAACCGGCUCGUCUCCCAAAUGAGGAGCCGUCACAGCACUCUGACCGUCCCGCCGGAGGUGAAGGCUUCCAUCCUCGGCGCCUUCAGGAGGAGCAACUGCGGGCAGCUCAGUGCCGGCACAGCUGCAGUGCAGCGCCGGCGCCAUGCGUUCCGCCAUGGCAGCAUCACCUGGGCGUGCCUUGGCGCCGGCGGCGAGGGGACCACCGCCACCGAUGCGAUCCUUGUGUGGGGCAUCGCCACGGGCCUUUUUGAGAACAGGUGUUCCUCCUCCAGAAAGGCUCCGCCCUUGUCUCCCGAUGACAUGGGCGUUGCCCUUUGCCUGUCGCGAUACUGCAUGUACCUGGUGGCGGAGGCUCCGGAUCUGCUGCCGGACAACUCCGCCUGGACGAGGCGCCGCUACCAGGUAGUGAAGUACGGCAUCGAGGCGGCGCUGUUGAGGAUGAGGAGCAAGGGUGGUGAUCAGGACCUUGAAGGUGCCGUGUACGGACGCCUGGCUGAUUCCUUCGGCGGCGAGCGCUCCCAUGAGGUGCUGAAGAAAGGCUCGAGGCUUGGGAAACAGCUUGUGGAGGAGGCUGAAAAGCAGAGGUCCCAAGACGACGCAGAGGCCGGAACCGGAGACGACGGAGGCCAAGACGCGGUGUGGAAGCUCCUGGCAGAGUUCUGGUCGGAGAUGCUGCUCUACCUCGCGCCAUCCGACAACGUCAAGGGCCACAUACAGGUCCUACAGCACGGCGGUGAGCUCAUCACGCUUCUGUGGGUGCUGCUGCUGCACGCCGGCAUCACCAGCAGGCCGGCUUGCCACGCCCCUGAACCUUGA